CUCCUUGUAUCGUUUGCAUAUAGCGGCUGCUGCAAUCAUGUCCCAGCUCCCUCCUCUCGACAUGGACAACAUGAAGCCCACGGCGCUCUUCGAUGUCUUCCUGCGUCUGCGCCCGGCGCACACUCAUAACGAGCGGUUCUUGCAGGUUCAAGAAAAUGACAACGAAGACGAGCUCCCCACACACAUCACCAUCAAUCCGCCUACGAAUGACACGCGACGAAAGGCGGUCGAAACCUUCGAAUUUACGGGAGUCUUCGAAGAGGCCGCGAGACAGCGAGAUGUCUUCGACAGCACCGGCAUCCUCCCGCUGCUCGAGGGCGUAAUGGGUGAGCCAGGCAAGCAAGGGCGCGAUGGACUGCUGGCCACGCUGGGAGUGUCGGGAUCGGGAAAGUCGCACACCAUCUUGGGUGAUCGCAGCCAACGCGGUCUGACCCAGCUGUCCUUGGAUGUCCUCUACCAACAUCUCGAGCCAUAUCUGGCGGACUCCGAUACGAACAUCUUCGCGUUCGAGUCGAUCACUGCUGCCGAUAACGCAGAGUCACAUCUUCACCGUGCGAACGACUUCCUGGACGGCAUCUAUGACAACGGUAACGUGAGCAGGCUGUCCAGAGCCACCACGCCAGCAUUUGAAUCCUCGUUCUUGUCCGUACCCAGUUCGAAACGUUAUGCACCUCGUCUUUCCGAAUUGCCCUCUUCUCCCUCCACCGAUGAUAUCACGAUUGCGGUGGAUGACAAUGCCGAGUAUGCGAUUGUCAUGAGCAUGUAUGAAGUUCACAAUGACAGGAUUUACGACUUGCUAGCAGUCACUGCACCUGGCAAGACCCCAGCGAAGAGACGAGCACUGCUUUUCAAAGCCACCGAAGCAUCACCCGAUCGAAAGGUGGUCGCUGGACUCAAGAAGGUCGUGUGCUCGACCUUUGAAGAUGCUCUUUUGGUGCUGGAAACCGGCCUGCGAGAGCGCCAGACUGCCGGAACAGGAAGCAACGCCACCUCCUCAAGAAGUCACGGCUUUUUCUGCUUCGAAGUUAAGAAGAGAUAUCGUGGUCGUGGCGCGCCUGGGCCAUGGUCUAGCAGCACCAUGACUAUUGCUGAUCUUGCUGGCUCGGAACGUGCCCGUCAAGCAAAGACUGCUGGCGCAACCCUCGCCGAGGGCGGCGCCAUCAACACGUCUUUAAUGUAUCUUGGGCAGUGCAUGCAGAUGCAAGUGGAGAACGCAAAGUCCAACCUACAAUCGAUUGUUCCCUUCCGACAGUGCAAGCUCACCGAACUCCUCUUCAGCGAUAGCCUUGCUCAAGGAAGCUCGAGCCAUCGAUCAAGACAGAAGGGUGUGAUGAUUGUAACCGCUGACCCUCUGGGGGACUACAAUGCAACAAGCCAGAUCCUGCGAUACUCUGCUCUCGCCAAGAAGAUCGAAAACCCGAGAGUCCCAAGCACCGCUCAGAGUAUUGGCCUUGCGCCUGCUUCACGGAGUGAUAUUGGUUCCGGUCGUGCCACUCCGUCUGCUAUCAUGGAGGACUUGGAAGCCGCUCUGGAACAAAUCACCAAAUUACGCGACGAGCUUGAAGUCACCCAACUUCAGCUACAGGAAGAGACAAACCGACGCCUGGAAGCAGAAGCUGCCUGGGCAAACUCCGAGACGCGCAUCGACGAAAUGCUCUUGGCGCGAGAAGAAGAGAUUCGACUCGAGAUUUAUGAUGAGAUGGAAGCCCAGAUGACUCUUGAUCAACGCAAGCGACAAGCCGCCAGAGACGAAGAAUUGGAUCGACAGGACGAUUACAUUGACCGGAAGCUCGAGAUCUUGGCUCGUGGAAUUAGCAUCUACGAAGAUGACCAAGAGAACAUUGAACCACAGCCUCUUGCAGUGGAGGAUCCGGCUAUCAAUGGGCUUGCCCAGCGUGUUGGAUCUUUAGCGCUGAGAGGAACGGGGCGGAAGGUGUCGGAAAAGGAGAAUCCCAGAAUGACGGAGCUGGAGAAUGAAAAUUCCAUGUUGAGAGCUCAACUCGCAAACUCGGAGCGUGAGAAGGGUUUGAGGAGUCCGAGUAAGAAGGUCCGGGUGUUGAAGACCAGAAAGUGGGAGGGCGAUGGGAUGGGCUUGGAUGAUGCGCUCUGAUUAGUGCUGCACACCUCUCGUACUGUAAUUGUUGGCCGUGGUUUCGUGUUUUAGAGAUACCUUACCUCGGGAGUUGUUGAUUCAUCAUAUCAACUGUACAG